GGGUUGUCAGUUAAAAUUACAUGUACAUAUGUAGAUCUUUUUCAUUUGCGUGGAUUUGCUACAGGUGAAUGGGUUCACCCAGGCGCGGCCUGGCUUGUUUUGAAAAUAGUUGAAAGGAGGCAGCUGGACAAAAAGCGAGGUCAGUGAUGAAGAAUGGGAAAUAAUCCACACAGAUUGCCACACAGUGCAUUGACCAACACUGUGAGCCACAGGUCUCUGCCGGUUUGUCGGCACGUCGAGCAUAUGAGGCAUAGGCCUACACUGACUAUCGAUCAAUAAAGCCAACUACAUCAGUGGCAGUGCCUCAACAGUGUCAUCACAAACUCUCAAGGAGAAACCCCACAAAACAUUUUUCGUGUGCUACCUGUGGGUAUAUUCAGAUACAUGUACAUGUAUAUUCCUGCGUGUCCACUUAGUGCCACUGUUGUUUUUCGUCUUUUAUAAUGGGAGCUCUUGAAGAUUUCUGGUGGUUGUUCCUCGACAUCCGCUGUAUCCUGCUGUGGGCGUUUCUCCUCCUGCUACUUGGCUGGUUCUUUCUGCGAACUGAGAACCUCCCGCCAGGCCCAUGGGGGUUACCACUCAUCGGUUCCAUACCGGCUCUCAUCUGGGAGGUUGGCCGAGGCGUGGAACUCGAAGAAGUCUUGAGGAGGUACGCUGUCAAAUACGGACCCGUGUUCCAUCUGAAGAUCCUUAACAAGACGUUGGUGGUCCUCAAUGACUACACCUCUGUAAAAGAAGCAUUCCAGCAUCCUCAGCUAAACGACAGAACCAAUAUGCAGAUCUAUGUUGAAGGGGUAAAGGGUGAAGGGAUCAUUGCAUCAUCGGGUCAGGUGUGGAUGCAGAGCCGCCGAUUCUGCAUGAACAUUCUCAGGAGCUUCGGAGUGGGUAAAUCCAGCUUCGAAGAGAGAAUCGGCAGAGAGGCCGAGGAACUGAUAAAAGAGAUGUCUGCAUUCGACGGGAAGCCCCUGGACCCCAAGUCUCUCCUCAUGAACGCGGUCGCCAAUGUCAUUUGCUCCGUCAUGUUUGGCAAACGGUAUGAGUACACGGAUGCUGAGUUUAGGAGAUUGCUGUAUUGCAUCAGUCGCAACGCCGAGUUGUUUGGUGCCGGUGGCGUCAUUUUGUUCUUCCCCUCGCUUCGCCACCUCCCGUUCUUCUCGACAGCCGAGCUGAAGGCGAAUUUUGACUUGCUGUUGGAGUUUCUGAAUGAUGCGGUCGACGCCCAUCGCGCUGCCCUUGAUGCCAACAAUCCGAAAGACCUGAUCGACAUGUGCCUUUUAGAGAUCAAGCAGCAUGAAACUCAGAACCAGUCUCCCUCUGUGGCGCCCUCUGGAGACCUUCCCAAUUCGUCUGCGUAUAUUAAGGAGGAAAACCUGCAUAGCAUUAUCUCAGAUAUUUUCCUUGCAGGCUCGGAGACAACGGCCACCACGCUGCAGUGGCUUCUCCUCUAUGUAGCUGUCUACCCCAAGAUUCAGCAGCGAGUUCAGGCCGAGAUCGACGCCGUGGUUGGUCGCGACCGCCUGCCCAGGAUGGCCGACAAACCGGAACUGAACUUCACGCGGGCGGUCAUCUGGGAGGUCCAACGCUUGUGUCCUGUUGUCCCGUUGGGCGUCGCGCAUGCUGCCGCUUCCGAUACCCAGUUCCACGGUUAUACAGUACCAAAAGAAACAGUUCUUGUUUCAAACCUUUUGAUGGUAUUUCAAGAUCCCAAAGUCUGGAGAGAGCCGCAGAAGUUUGACCCCGGGAGAUUCCUGAACGAAGAGGGAAAAGCAAUCAAGGCAGAUGAAUUGAUUCCAUUCAGUGUCGGUAAACGCAGCUGCAUCGGGGAUAACCUGGCGAAGAUGGAGCUAUUCAUCUUCUUCAGCUAUUUCAUGCAUCAGUUUACCGUCAGGAAGCCGGACGACUCGCCCCCGUUGUCUCUAAAGGGAAAUGUUGGUCUAAUCAAUCCGCCUGUGCCAUUCCAAAUCUGUAUAUGUAAGCGCGAGUAGUUCAAAAUAAAGGAAAAAGAGGGCGUUCUAGCAUUGCAACAGUGCAUGUUUCCCUGCAUGACCGUUGUGCAAGUUAAUGCAAAUUUUGACGUACAUGUACAUCGUACAUUUACUGAAUAUGAACAUGUAUUCGUGCAGCGCACUCAAUGUUGAAUGAUAACAUGGUGAACAUCCGAAGAUUAAAGAACAGCACAGAAUCAAUAUUAUAUUGGUUUAUGCGAUACACCUUUUAAACUUCACAGCCAUUUCUGUCCAUUAUCACAGCUAUCAAAAUAUAUGACCAAUGAUCUUGUACACAUGCAACCUUUAUAUUGACUUCAUUGCUAUAAUAUAUCUUCAUAUUAUAUUGAAAACGAAGGCCUUUUCAAACGUUUAUCUAGCGGUUGCGAGGGCUAAGUUUUCCCAAAGACAAGUUGUCUUUUAGGAAGAAAGCGCAUUCGAAACCGUACUGCCACAUAUUGGGCUGGACAGUGAACCGCUAGGAAGUUUUCCGGAAAAAAUUGCCCCCGUUUCGACCCACAACCUGAAUACAACUGAUGUCGUCUCCAGCGAUAUUCAACGCAAAUGUUUAGCGACAUCAAAUCUGCUUCCCUUAAACGCGUUUGCCUGAAGCAUGAACUGGCCUGAAUGGGAUAGCUAGUGGUUAGAAUCAUAACUACGGGUUUGACGGCAGUUGAUGGUGAUAUACAGUUUUACUCUUGAUAUUGGUGCUGCCGUGAUGCGUUAUUCAUGUACCAGUGAUUUAGUCUACCCAUUUUAUUGUGCAUUGAUAAGCCUAUUUAAAAUGAAUACUUGUCAUAGAUGAUAUUUUAUGAAAAAAAAGCAGUAGAUUCACACGGAUGGCUUUAAGUGAUCAAACUCCAAAAAUAAUAUCGACUGACUCAUGAAGUUCGACAACCGGAGGCUAGGCCUGGACCGGCACCACGCCACACACGAGAUGCGCUGAUCACCCAGAAUAAAGGAAUUCCCCUCCAAGGAUUCUGAUGUAAGGGAGUCGGUACACGUACCUAAAUGUGUACACGUAC